AUGAAGGCGAAACGUUUCUUUUCUUCCGUUUUUUACGAGCAACAAAGUGAUAAAGAUAAAUCGCUUUAUUUGCUCAACAGAGAUAUGUUUAACUCAAAUCUUAUUAUAAACACGCACGCUCACGCAUUAUUGCCAUUGUCGAGGUUUUCAGCUGAAAUUGUCGUCGAGUCUGAAAAUCACAAGAAGAAGAUGAAGCGAAAUUUCUUAAAUUCCAAUAGUGGAUUUCGAAGUCUACAUUGUUGCUGCAGUGGAAUCUUCAUAAAUGAAAUUGCUCCAUAA